GGAUGAUGUCAGAGUUCCUCGGACGGGGAGGAGCCAGGUGCCUACUGCAGUAUCCACACACCCCCGCCCCGUACCCCCCUUUUCCCACUUCCUUUCCGGGCGCCUGGCCCUUUAAGAAGCUCAGCCCUGAUUCUGGAUCCCCAAAUCCGUGCUCCAGCAUCACCCAGCACACCUUGCUUCCUACACUCUCCUCCAGACCCGGCCUCGCUUUCCGGACCCUGACCACCAUGUCGGCGGCUCCAGCCUACAGCGAGGACAAGGGCGGUUCCUCCAGCCUAGGGGAGCCAGAAUACGGUCACGAUCCAGCCAGCGGCGGCAUCUUCUCCUCCGACUACAAGCGGUGAGGCGGAGCCGGGCAGGAUGGGGCACGCUGGGAUGCAGGCCCCCAGCUCUGGGAGGGAGCCCUCCCUGGCCACGGGGCCCGGGAUUUGUGGGGAGGGGGCGGGGCUACCAACCAAGCUCCCCUCUUACCGAUGGAGCCAGGGAGAGUGAUGGCUUGCUCUCUCAGCUCGAUGAGGCAAAGAGUCAUUCUUGCUCCUAGAUUUGCUGCCGGAUUCUGCACCGUGCAAGGAGCUACUGAGCCCUUCUUCAUACCUGUCCCCCUCACUCCCACCCCAUCCCUGCAUCCUCCAUUCAGGUCUCUUUCUCCUUCGUGGGGAGAACCUAGAUCUCGGUCCCAAAUUCAGGCCCGGGGUUUAAUCGGACCUGGGACCGGAAAAAGGAGCAAGGAGGGCUGGAAGAGAUAGAGGGUGAGACCCAGGGCCCAGACGAGGAAAAGACAUCGCCCCUAUAGAGUAGAGUGGCACGAACUGGGAGGAAUUAUGCCAGGAGACCGCAGGUCGAGGGAAUGCAAGGGGAGAGGUGGUUGAUCCAGAGGGUAGAAGAGGGCCAAAGAAGAAGGCUUUUGGGGAAGGAAGGACUAUACGAGGCGAUCUGGGCAGAAGAAGCCCGGGGGCUGCCAGAACGGGCUGGUAUCUUAGAGGAGCUCUGCUUUGGCAGGAAGGAAACUGAGAUGGGGAUUUGGGGAAGAAGAUAUGUGAUGGGGAGAAUGGUUGAAGAGCUGCUUGGAUGAAGAUCUGGGGGCAGGAGGAAACCUGGAGGCCUGGCGGGGAGAAGAGUAAAGGAAACAGGGCAGGAGCCUGGGGACAGAGUGGUCAAGUACUUGGGAGUAAUAGGACAGCAAAAGGUCUAGGAGGCCUGUGAAGGCCCCGAUGGGGUAGAGCCUGAAGCAAUGGGGUCCGUCUGAGGGGAUGUAGAAGUGGAGAGGCUUGUGGACAAACUGGAGGUCUAAGAGCAGAACCUAAUCUCAUUCUGGGACUAAAAUUCCCGAGCCCUAGGGCAGGUAGGGGUCCUAGGGACCUACGGGAGCUAAAUCUGUUUGCCAGACCCCACCCGGAGGGAUUCCCGACCUCCAGAGUCAGCGCCGGACCAUGGACAGCUCUUCCCCCGCCCCCUGCACUCAGGCCCUGCCCCACAGCCAGCUCCAGCCUGUGACGUAGGGGGUGUGGAAAAAGUAGGGAUACGCAGGAGGGGAGGUGGUUUUGAGGUUCCUGCGUCUGUAUCGUCCUGGUUUUGGUUCUCCCUGGGCUUUGUUGGGGAUGGGGCAGCCCUCCUCGGCCUGGACGUACCUAUCCCCGUUCUCCUCACUGUAGGGGGCUGGGACUUGGGCUGUCAAGAUUCACCGAGAGGCGCUGCAGAGAAGAAAAAUGAUCCUUCCACUCCCCGAAUUCGUCAUCUCCUCACCCUAUGGAGGGCAGAGCCGAAAAUGAGGCGGGUUCCAAAGCGUUGGAUUUCUAAAUUACUCCUCUUUACUCGAGGACCCCAAACUCAGAUUCCUUCCCAGAUGCCUUCUCUGACUUUUUAUAAUUCCUUUCACAUAUGCAUCCCCUUCCCAGCUAUUCCUCCCCCCAAAAUCCCUAACUAAAUUCCCUCCAGGGUCUUCCUGCUUAUCUCCAAGGAUCCCUCUCCCCCAAACGUCCCUUUUGCUUCUAGUUUCAGUUCCAGCAGUAGAAUGGGUAUAGGGCGGUGAAGGGAAGUUAACCAAUCCCAUUGAAUAUCAAAAUAUCAAGCUCUCAUCUACUAUGGAACUCUCCAUCUAGAGCCCCCUAAUAUCCUACUUCUGUAUUCUUUAGAAGGCUUGUGUUUAGCAUAUUCCCUGGACUUCUGGCCACCACGCAGCUCCAUCUUGUCCUUGUCUCUGCUUCAGUCAGUCAAUAAGCAUUAAGGACCUACUAAGCGCCAGCUACUGUGCUCAAUAAACUCUAGGAGUACUAAGAUAGAAUCCUUGCUCCCAAGGAGCCUGGGGGAGAUAACAUGCAAACAAUAUGCACAAAUAAACGAUGUAUAGAAUACAUUAGAAAUAAUUAAAAGGGCCGGCUAGGUAUCUCAGUGGAUGGAGAAGACCUGGAUUCAAAUUUGGCCUCAGACACUUUCCAGCUAUGUGUCCUUGGGCAAGUCACUUAACCUCAAUUGCCUAGCCCUUGCUGCUCCUUGGAAGCCAUACUUGAUAUGGAUUCCAAAACAAAAGGUCAGAGUUUUGAAAGAAAGAAAGAAUUGAAGAAAAGUACUAGAAUUAAGGAGGAGCAAGAAAAGGUAGUAUAUUAGUUGGGACUUAAAUUAGAAGCCAAGGAAACUAGGAGUCAGAGAUGAAGGAGGGAAAUCAUUGAAGAUAUGGAGGACAGUCAGUAGAAAUUCCCAGUCAGGAGAUGUAGUGUCUUAUUCUAGGAACAGCAAAGGAGGCCAGAGUCACAGAGGGAGGGGGAUUUUAAAAGGUGAGGGAAAGGAGGGAUGUUGAUGGGUUUUGAAUGUCAAACAGAGGACUUUAAAUUUGAUCCCAGAGGUGAGGGGAAUCAUUGGUAUUUAUUGAGUAAGUAAUAAGGUCAGACUUUAAAUGUCAGAAAAAUCACUUCAGCAGCUGGAUGGAGGAUGGACUGGACUGGAGAGGGAGACACUUAUGGCUAGGAGACCAACCAGCAAGCUAUUGCAAAUAGUUCAGAGAUGAGAUGAUAAAAGCCUGUACCAGGGUGGUGUCAGUGCUAGAGGAAAUAAGGAGAUAGAUCCUAUCUUUUUAGUAGAAUCAACAGGAAUUGGCAAAAGAUUGGAUGGGGGAGAGAAGGAGAAGAGGUUGUGAGCGAGCCUGCAUAAUUGGGAGAUUGGUGGUACCUUCAAUAGUGAUGUGGCAGUUAGGAAGAAUGUCUCCUUCAUCACAUCUUCUCCCAAUGAAACUGUCUUAUCAGAAGUCCCAUCUGCCUCGUAGCCUCAACUGUGAGAUUAAUCAUCCUUCCUGUAUGAUUCCUAAGGAUAUUUUAGUGUCCUGGGCUACUAGCCUACCUCACAGGUUUGUUACAAGGAAAGCUCUUAGAGUAUUUAAGUGUGAUCUAUUUUUAUCAUCAUUGUGAUCAUUUUUUUAAUCCCAAGAUCCCAGUAGUGGUCUCUCUCCAGCGUCAUCUCCCAUUUAGAUUAAGGCAAAGUUAUUCUGUGCCCCAGGACAGAAGUACACUAUAUGUAGUUCAUUCAGCCUUAGAACAGAGCACAUUCUCAUAGUUUCUGCCUUCCCUUCCUGUCCCUGAAAGUCACAGCAUCCCUUGGGAUUUUCUAGUGGGUUCUAUUGCCCAUGAAAACAGGGGACAGACAGACAGGUGUCACCCAGCAAACAAGAGGAAAGUUACAGACUAACAUCAAGUCAGGUGACUCACAUUAAAUGUGUCCCAUGGAAUGUAAAUGACAUUCAGUCUUUUCUCAGGUCCAUUGGUCCUACUGGAAUAACCAUAAGGAGCCUUUUAUGAUUGGUACUCAAGAGUCCUAUGCACUAGACUUAUUCUUUGCACUAAGACCCUUUGGGGUCAGAAAAGAGGACCAAAUGAUAACUUUGGGUUCGUGGUCUGCUGAAAUAAGACAUAUUUACAAUUCAGAGAGAGAUGGCUAAGUGGAAAAAUGGACAAAACACUGGGCUUGGCAUCUUCCUAGCUAUGUGACUUUGGGCAAGACCUUUGUAUGCCUAAGAAGCAGCUAAGGUGAUUCAGUGGAUAAAAUGCUGAGUCUGGAGUACAAAAGAUCUGAAUUCAAAUCUGUCCUCAGAUACUUUCUAGCUGUGUGGCCCUCGGCAAGUCCCUUAACCUCUUAUUGUCUGACAAAAGAUCCACUGGAGAAGGAAAAGACAAACAACUCCAGAAUCCUUACCAAGAAAACCACAUGGAUAGCUAUGGUCUAUGGGAUCACAAAGAGUCAAACUCAACUGAGUGACUGAACAACAACAACAUAAUUCAGUUAAAAAUCUAAACUUAGUAACAUUCUCUCUUGUGUCUUCCCCAUUCACAAAGGAAGGUUGUUAUGAAGACCACAGAAAGAGCAUUGGACUGAGGAUUCAGAAAACCAGGGUUCUGAUCCAAGAGCUGCCACCAAUUAGAUGUGUGAUUUCACACUGGCAACUCUUUCUAGCUCUCAAUUUGUUUGUUUGUAAAUUGAGAAAAUAGGAAUUCUUAAUGUGAAUUCCUUGAAUUUGGGGGGAAUCUGUAUAGCUAGAGGGCAGCAAGAUGGUACGGGACCUGGAGUCAGGAAGACUCCCAUCUUCUUGAGUUCAAAUCUGGCCUCAGUCACUUACUAGCUUGUGACCCUGGGCAAGGCGCUUAACCUUGUUUGCCUCUGUUUCCUGACCUGCCAAAUGAAAGGAAGAAAUGGCAAACUACUUCAGUAUCUUUGCCAAGAAAAUCCUAAAUGGGGUCAGGAAGAACCAGACACUACUAAAACAACUGAACAACAAUAGAAUGCUUGGAUGGGGAAAAACCCCAUAUUUUUAAAUUUUUGCUAAUGUCUAAUUAAAAUUUAGCAUUUUAUUUCAUUAUAGAUUUUUUAAAUUAUUCUGAGUAGGAGAUCAUGACACAAAAAAAGAAAGUUAAGGACAACUGAUCUAGAAUCUCUUCAGAUUUAAAGUUUCUUAAUUCACUCACUAACUCUCUCAUACAUCCGCCAUCUUUACUCCCAGGCCACCACAUCACAGCCCCAAGAAUUUCCAUCACUCUCUCUGCCCUAGAGUUGCUCUACCCCAUCUUGAUUCUUUCAUCCCUCAUUGCUAUCCUCCAACUCCUUUUCUUCUUAUAUCUCCUUUCUUCUACAUCUAAAUCCUUCCACGUCUCCCACCCCUAUUUUACUAAAAACAAACAAAAAUAAACCACAAGGUUAAUUUUUUUGGUGGGAGGGAUGCUUUAGUUACCAAAUAAUACCUACAUUUCCAACCCCCCCCCCACCACAUACAAAUCUUCCCCCAGAUUCUCUAAGAAGAAAAAGAGAAAUUGGAUCUGACCCCUGCUGCCCUCUCCUCCCUCCCCCUAUCACUGCUUUACCAUCCAGGCUCCAGCUGUCCCAUAACAGCAUCACAUUUCUGAGUUUCCGUGGAGCUUGGGCGGGUGGAGUAUCAGUGAGGACUCACUGAAGCAGGAACUGAGUCACAGAUCAGCUGGGGAGAAGAGAGGAGGGAAGAGAAGAAGGAGGCGGACUUUGUCUGCCUAGGGGGAACCCUAGUGUCUGGGACUAGAUUUAGGGGUCUCCAGGGAAUCUUAGAAUCUGAGGCACAAAGCCUGAUGACGCCAAUGCAGCGGUUUCUGCAGCUCCCAGGGACUAUGGUGAAGCCGCCCGGGAGCAGGGGGGCUGAGGAGGCAACAAGCCCUGUUCUAACCCCUGAAGGGGGGGCCCCAGCCUGGUACCAAGCCCUGCAGCCGGAUGAGCUACGGCAGCUCCAGACCUCUGAAGAAGAUGUAUCCCCAGAAGGAGGCUCUGAUGGGGCCAGCCACAGCCAGCCUCUCCGGCACGAUGACUUGAAGGAAAUGUUGGACACCAACAAAGAUUCUCUCAAGUUGGAGGCCAUGAAGAGGAUUGUGGCGAUGAUUGCUCGUGGGAAGAAUGCCUCUGACCUGUUCCCAGCCGUGGUUAAGAAUGUGGCCUGUAAGAACAUCGAGGUGAAGAAGUUGGUGUACGUGUAUCUGGUACGCUACGCUGAGGAACAGCAAGACUUGGCCCUACUGUCCAUCUCAACUUUCCAACGUGGCCUGAAGGACCCUAACCAGCUGAUCCGUGCUAGUGCCCUCCGAGUCCUCUCCAGCAUCCGAGUGCCGAUUAUAGUACCUAUCAUGAUGUUGGCCAUCAAGGAAGCUGCCUCAGACAUGUCUCCCUAUGUGCGGAAAACAGCAGCCCAUGCUAUCCCCAAGCUGUACAGUUUGGACUCUGACCAAAAGGAUCAGUUGAUUGAAGUCAUUGAGAAGCUUCUGGCUGACAAAACCACGCUGGUGGCAGGAAGUGUGGUAAUGGCUUUUGAGGAGGUGUGUCCAGAACGUAUCGAUCUGAUCCACAAGAAUUACCGCAAAUUAUGUAACCUGUUGAUUGACGUGGAAGAGUGGGGCCAGGUUGUCAUCAUUAACAUGCUGACCCGCUAUGCUCGCACACAGUUUCUUAGUCCCAACAAGAAUGAAUCUUUACUGGAAGAGAACCCCGAGAAGGCCUUCUAUGGCUCAGAAGAAGAGGAGUCAAAGGGGUCAGGGCCAGGACCAGAGGAGGCAGCUGCUCCCUUGGCUGUCCGGAGGCCAUACAUCAUGGAUCCUGAUCACCGCCUGCUCUUGCGCAACACCAAGCCACUUCUUCAGAGCCGUAGUGCAGCUGUGGUCAUGGCGGUGGCCCAGCUCUACUUCCACUUGGCCCCCAAAGCGGAGGUGGGAGUCAUCGCCAAAGCGUUGGUGCGACUCCUCCGAAGCCACAGUGAGGUCCAGUACGUGGUGCUACAGAAUGUGGCCACUAUGUCCAUUAAGCGCCGGGGAAUGUUUGAGCCAUACUUGAAGAGUUUCUACAUCAGGUCCACAGACCCAACCCAGAUCAAGAUUCUGAAACUGGAGGUGCUAACCAACCUUGCCAAUGAGACUAAUAUUCCUACAGUCCUACGGGAGUUUCAGACUUAUAUCCGAAGCAUGGACAAAGACUUUGUGGCAGCCACAAUCCAGGCCAUUGGUAGAUGUGCCACCAAUAUCGGUCGUGUCCGAGACACCUGUCUCAAUGGCCUUGUGCAGCUUCUGUCCAACCGUGAUGAACUUGUGGUUGCUGAAUCAGUGGUCGUCAUUAAGAAGCUGCUGCAGAUGCAGCCCUCCCAACAUGGGGAGAUCAUUAAGCAUCUGGCUAAACUGACAGAUAACAUCCAGGUGCCCAUGGCUCGGGCCAGCAUCCUCUGGCUCAUUGGUGAGUACUGUGAACAUGUGCCCAGGAUUGCCCCCGAUGUUCUGCGGAAGAUGGCAAAGUCAUUCACAGCAGAGGAAGACAUUGUGAAACUGCAGGUCAUCAACCUUGCUGCCAAGCUCUACCUGACCAACUCCAAGCAGACAAAGCUGCUGACCCAGUAUGUGCUGAGUUUGGCAAAGUAUGAUCAGAAUUAUGACAUCCGAGACCGAGCGCGCUUUACCCGUCAGCUCAUUGUCCCCUCAGAGCAGGGAGGCACCCUGAGCCGUCAUGCAAAGAAGCUCUUCUUGGCUCCCAAGCCUGCCCCUGUCCUGGAGUCAUCUUUCAAAGACCGAGACCACUUCCAGCUUGGCUCACUGUCUCAUCUGCUUAACGCCAAAGCCACUGGCUACCAAGAACUCCCAGACUGGCCUGAAGAAGCUCCUGACCCAUCUGUCCGAAAUGUAGAGGUUCCUGAAUGGACCAAAUGCUCUAACCGAGAGAAAAGAAAGGAGAAGGAGAAACCAUUUUACUCAGACUCCGAGGGAGAGUCAGGGCCCACGGAGUCAGCAGACAGUGACCCCGAAUCUGUGAGCGAUUCUGAGAGCAAGAGCAGCAAUGAGAGUGGCUCAGGAACCAGCAGUGAUGAAGAUGAUGAAGAAGAGGAGAGUGAUGAGCAGGAGGCAGAUGAGAAAAAGAAAGGGAGAAGAGGCGGCCGAGCGGCAUCCAGGGAGAGUGGAGAAAGUGACCAGAGCGAAGAUGAGCAGGAGAAGAAGGUAAAGAGGAAGAAGAAGACACAUGAAAGGAAAGAGACAUCUGAGUCUUCAGAGGAGGAGGGAAGUGCUUCAGAAAGUAGUUCAUCAGAAUCUGAGUCAGGUUCUGAGUCUGAGGAGGAAGAAGAAGAGAAUCAGGCAGAGUCUGACACUUGGAGAAGAAAGACACCUCCAAGUAACAAGAUAACCCCCAAACCCAAGGAGAUCUCCCUGCUUGACCUGGAGGACUUUACUCCCCCCAGCAUUCAGCCAGUUUCCCCACCAAGGGUUGUCUCCAACAGCCUAGUCACUGAUCUGGAAGGCUUGACACUCACUGACUCUUCUUUGGCACCUUCGCUACUCAGUCCUGUGAUGGGCCCUGGGAAGCGGCAGGAGCUGCUCCACCGUGUGGCAGGGGAAGGGCUGUCGGUUGAGUAUGUAUUUAGCCGACAGCCCUUCCCUGGAGAUCCACACAUGGUAUCUGUGUGCAUCCACUUCUCCAAUAGCUCAGACACCCCUGUGAAAGGUCUACAUGUGGGGGUGCCCCAUCAGCAGUCUGGCAUACGCAUCCAAGAGUUCCCCGAGAUUGAAUCCCUGGCACCUGGUGAUUCAAUCACAGCCAUCAUGGGCAUCAACUUCUCUGACUCUACCCAGGCAGCCACCUUCCAGCUAUGCACUCAAACUCGACAGUUCUAUGUCUCCAUUCAGCCACCAGUGGGGGAGCUGAUGGCUCCAGUGUUUAUGAGUGAAAACGAGUUCAAGAAGGAACAGGCAAAGCUGACAGGCAUGAGUGAAAUCACAGAGAAGCUGACUCUGCCAGACACAUGCUCAGAUGACCACAUUAUAGUCCAGAGAGUGACUACCACAGCCCAUCUUGGCCGGAUACCCUGUGGAGCUCCUGAAGAAUACAGGUUUGCUGGAAGAACCCUGACUAGUGGAAGCCUGGUUCUAUUAACUCUGGAUGCACGAGUGGGUGGAGCUGCUCAGUUGACAGUCAACAGUGAGAAGAUGGUGAUUGGAACCAUGUUAGUGAAGGAUGUGAUCCAGGCCUUGACACAGUGAUUCUGUGGAUCUGCCACUGGGGCCUGCCUCAUCAGCUUCUCCACUUUCCUCUUGCCCCAAGCCAUGAUGCAUUGACCCUUUUUACUGGCCCCAUCAAAUCUCCACUCUAAGCUGCAGACUAUGUCCUGAAAGAAUCUCCCUCCUCAUCCCUUACCCUCUAUUAGUUCCUCUACCCCUUUGUGGGUGAGGGGCUCACCUCACUGGUUACCUGUCUUCACUAUCCUCCCCAAGGGAGUCCUUAAGGGUAGGAAGUAGGAUGGGGGAAUGGUAGCUGCUUGCUCAGUGCUUUCCCUAGCCUAAUAUCCUUUAUUUACUUAUGGACAACCUCAAUAAAGCUACCCCGAUCACCUAAAA